UACAGGUGCACUGUUCUCCUGCUGUUAAGCUGCUGGUCGGGUUGGUGUGCUCUUGCUCUCGCAGGUUUACGGUAGCAGUCUCAGGUGAGGCAGCAGGUGAUUGACAGGUGAGGAUGUGAACCUGAGCCGGGGGUCCGCGCACUGAGGCGCGGUGCAGCUGAUGGAGAAACCGCAGCGCGCAUGACGAGCGAUAAGAAGGCUGGCUGUACAGAGGAGGCAUCUGAAACUGGCUGUGCAUUAUGAAGGAGAACGGGUCCUUGUGUCAAGUGGAGCAGCUGCCCCGUGGGUGCCUACUAGAGCCGGGCCUUAACGGGUGCCACUCUCAGAGCUACAAGUGCAGUGGCCGGAUGUCCGGCAGUGCAGGAGUCCGAAACAGAGCCAACGGGGCCGUUAAGGCUCUGUGCAGUAGCCCCGACUGCAGCACCUCCGUCAGGCUGGAGAGCACCGAGCAGAUUCGGAGGGGUGGAGGAGGCGAGAAGGUGCUGGUGACCGGGGGUUCAGGCUUCUUUGGCUUCAGACUUGGCAAGGCUCUAGCCAGGCAAGGUAUCACUGUAAUCCUGCUGGAUCUGCACCAGCCACGAUGGGAGCUUCCCGAUGGAGCAGUGUUCCUGCAGGGUGAUGUGCGUGAUUAUGACACCCUGUAUAAGGUGUGUGCUGGAGUGGACUGUAUAUUUCACACUGCGUCCUACGGCAUGUCAGGACCAGAACAGCUCAGGAAAGAGCAGGUGGAGUCUAUCAACGUUGGUGGCACCAACAACGUCAUAAACGUGUGUUGUGAGCGUGGUGUCUCCAGACUGGUGUACACCAGCACAGUGAACGUGGUGUUUGCUGGGAAGCCCAUCGAGGACGGGGACGAGGACUCUGUACCCUGCGUGCCUCUGGAUAAGCACAUAGACCACUACUCCAGAACCAAAGCCAUCGCCGAGCGCAUGGUCCUCACCGCUAACAGAAGACCGUUACAAGGCGGUGGCCUGCUGCAGACAUGUGUGUUACGACCCUCGGGUAUCUACGGUCCGGAGGAGAGGAGACACCUACACCGUGUGAUGGUGAAUGUGGAGCGCAGGUUGUUCAGUUUCACUUUCGGUGACCCCAAGGCCAGGAUGAACUGGGUGCACGUGGAUAAUCUGGUCACGGCUCAUGUCCUGGCAGCUGAAGGCCUCACGCCUGAGAGAGGCUGCGUCGCAAAUGGACAGGCCUACUUCAUCAACGACGGCGAAUCUGUUAAUGUGUUCGACUGGAUGACGCCACUGUUUGAGAGACUGGGCUACACUCGUCCACUGAUCCGUCUCCCGGUUUCACUCGUCUACUCAGCAGCGUUUCUGAUGGAGAAGUUCCACGUGGCUCUGAGGCCUGUGAUGGAGAUUCCUCUGCUGCUGACCAGAAACGAGGUGAGAAACAUCGCCGUGAGCCACACCUUCAGGAUCGAGAAGGCGCGUCAGGAGCUGGGCUUCUCCCCGAAGAAAUACACCCUCGCCGACUCUGUGGACCAGUACCUCCAGAGCCGACCCGUCCCAUCCGCUUCCUCCCUCCAGGAGUCACGGUCCUUCCUCUUCGUCCUGAUGAUGAUGAUGACGAUGGUGCUGGUGGGACUGGUGGUGCUGAUGCUCUGCCCACGCUGGCAUCAGCAUUAGCAUUAGCAUGUAGUUCAGCAAAGCUCCCCCUGAGUCCUAUCUUAAACCCGCUUUCUGAUUAGUCCAUCUCAGCUGCAGGGCAGAAGGAACACCCUAAAAAUGAUAUUAGUCUGUAAAUAAAUUAGUCACGUGUGGUUUUGUGGUUUAAUAAGUAGAUUUCGAGUAUUAUUUGUUUAAGUGCUGUGUCUGUCCAAGCGUACCACACCUCAGAGUGAGAGAUUACUGAUCCUGGAGAAAUCCUGUGGUUUUCAUAUUCUAAUAUAUUUUUAUAUUAGAAAAUAUCAGAAUAUCAGCCAAUAGCAUGCUUUUAUAGAAAAAUAAUCAAUGACCAGAUGGUGUGAUGAAGCAGUGCUCUUCUUACCAUCGAAAAGUUGAUUAGUUUCCUUUAACAGCAUGUCCUGAACUGUUUUAUUCCUCUUAUCCCACAGCAACGAUUAUUAUUUUUUAUUUAUUUAAGAACGACGUUAAACUUUUUAUCCAUUUAAUGUUGUGGACCAUCUGAGAAACAACACUCACGUUAUAGCCGCCACAAACAGUCGUUCCCUCACCAGCCUCUCUUUCUCUCUCUCUUGUAGUUAAUAAGACUUGUAGUUAAUUCUCGUGUUACAGAGAAAGCGUAAAGAAGCGUAAACUCCUCUGUCCUGAAAAUGUCGGAAAACUUAAAGUUACAGCUUUACCUCUGACUGUUACAAAGCGCUGACACUGGAGACUCCUUCCAUAAACUUCACCAUAUCAAGGCUUACACACUUCUUUAAAAAUUUUGUUUAUGUGGAGUGUGUGUCCCUGCGAUUUUAGUUGUUACUAUAGAAACCAUAACGUAUUACAACGUAAUUUAAUCUACUUGGUAAGAAACUAAACAGGUACUUUAUGCUAUAAUCACUUAGUCUGACUAAUGGAGAAAGAGGACGAUUCUCAACCAGAAACGAUGAUUCUUCUCCAUCAAGCAGGGAAGGAGUGUGUGCUGUGUGUGUGUGUGUGUGUGUGUGUGUGUGUGUGAGCUGGUCUAUGUCUUAAACUAUCCAUGUAAACAGUUAUUUUAUGAAUCCGGAUCAUCCAGCGUUGCCGUGAACCUGGAUGAAGAAUCACAUGUUCUCGUGAUUAGACUGAACACCAUGAUGUUUAAGCUUUAGUUUGUUCUUGUCUUUAUCACCGCAUUACUCUCUGGACGGUGAUUAUUAAAAUAGUAAUAUUAAAAAUACCUGCAGUUUAGCAGUGGACAGGCUGUGUUCAUACCUCCAGAACAUGUUUUCAUAUGUUACACGUAAAUGCAAGGUCUUUAAAAAACAUAAGCUUCUUAAAGAAGCUGCCACUGUGUUUUUUUUUCCUGCUCAGAGUCGAGUGCUUUGAAAGAUGUUCUUUUUUUUCAGGCUUUUCUUUUCCUGGUGAGGGCACGGCUGCCGGACAUGUAAUUAAAUUAUUACAGUAUUAAAAUCCAGACGUUAUAAAAGUAAGUAUUAGUUUAUCAUCAUCAUGUAACAUUAGCAUAGGACUCAUUUUUGCUUCGUGAAAUGAAUGAAUGAUAGUAUACCAUUUUAGAUAUGUUAAUUAUACAGGUGUUAAAUGAUACACUAGCAUUUAGGGUUAAGUCCUUAAUUGUAACUUUUCAUGUCAGAGAAAAUCCGUCGAGCUCUAAGGUGAAAUUAGCAACAGGUACGAAGUUUUAGACAAACUUAGCCCUGGACAUCAGGACAUCAGCUUUAUUAUAUUUAAGGGAAAGGAAGUUUUCUAUUCGCCUACGCUUUUAGGGGUCUUUAAGACAAUCUUCCGUUUUGUGUAUCCGAGCUGCUGAAUCUGAGCGUAAUUAUACGUAUAAUUGUGAAACAUCAGUGUAAACGUCCAAGAGGCUGGAGAUGAAGAGAAAACACUAGUGGGCCUAAAACAGAACCUUGCUGGACACCAUGUUACACUUUUUUUUUUUUAGAACAAUCUCCAUUUGCAAAUAACAAACUGGCACUGAUGUGCAAAUUGAGAGCUAAACCAGGCAGGAACCUGACUGUCUAAACCAUCUGUGUUUUGCAGGAUACAGUAGAGUAUCACAUUAUAGCAUUAGUCUUGUUAUUCAGUAAACAUACGCAACUUUAUGACAUGCUGAAUUGGAGAUAUUUCAAUGACCAACACUUCUCGAGAAACAACUCUAAUUUUUAUUAAUAAUAAUAAUAAUAAUAAUAAUAAUAAUAAUAAUAGUAGUAUAUACCGGAGUAUUUGCCUAAAAUUUUCGGUUCUGGAUAAGCGACUAACAACCGAAUGGAACAUUUCCGUUACCGUAAAAUGCUUAACUAUUACAGAUUAGUUUAUGACUCUCGAUAAGAUGACUUUAAGUAGUUUUGUUGUUUAGUUGUGAUUCUACUUAUCCAUAUCACUUCCUGACAAACUUUCCCAAAAUAUAUACAAAUUAGUCUUUUAAACCAGUUUAGACCAUAAUAAAGCAAGUACUGAAGUUAAUAAAUGAAUGAAUGCCCUGUAAGAAUUUACUGCAUGAAACUCUUUUUUUUUUUUUUUUUACACCGUGAACUUACACUCGCUAUUAUAUUGCUGCUCAUUACACCCCCUGAAUUUUUUUUUUUUUUUAGGAAUGUCAUCACUGCUUGUCAUCUUGCACUUUAUAAAUAAACUUAACCAGUCUUGACUUUAGAGCAGGUGAGAAAUAGCUAAUCGUCUACAUGUCAGGUUAGCAGUGGAGCUGUAAAAUUGGGAGGACGGAGUAUAAAACACGCUGCACUUUUACCUCAGACAUUUUUAAAAUUUGCCUCCUGACGUUUUGGCGUAGAGAACCAAAACACACCGUCACUGUGGCACUGAUUUCUGGGCUGCACAAUAUAUUUAUAUUGAAAUAUUAAUGAAAUAUAAUGAAACUUCAGUCAGUGUAAAUGACAGGAUGGAAGUGUGAUCUGGAUUUUAUCUCAGUUUUCACUCCUCACUCUGAAUAUCCUGUAAAUCAAAUGCUUCAAACCUGCUGUACCUCCGUGAGUUCUGUUCCUGUAAUUGCCGUGUUUAAACGUUUUUUUUUUUGUUGUCUUGCAUUUUUAGACAUAAAUAUUUUAACGGAUGUAAAUGAGGAAAAUAAAGGUGUAAUAUUUCUUGUGUAAUUAUUUGCGAGUCCCAAAUUUGUUCCAUCAUCUUCAACAGUGGAAAUAAUUUUAGAGUUUCCUUUUUCAGAGCUUCAACAGAACCCUUGUUUUUUUUUUCCCCUAAAACAAACAGUACAUUUGAAAAAGAAAAAAAAAACAUCUUUACUUAUCUGUGUUGCUUUUGCAUUCAUUUUGUUUUGCAAUGUUUUUGAUGACCAAAGCGUGCCUUUUCAAAGCCAGCUCUCCAAAGUUUAAUCUGAAAACGAAACAAAACAUUUUUGUGGUCUAGUGUCGAUUUGAGAAAACAUAGCUUUUUCGAAAACGCUGUCACAUGACCUUUUCAG